AAAUGUCAUUCUCUAACUUUGUAAAUGUCACACUGACUGCUGCGUAUACUGGGUAGGCUAACAAACUAGCUGACUGAAUGAAUUAUGAACGUAAAAUCCCACAUGGUCCUGCCCCAGCCUUCAAUAGCAACAUCUCAUUUACCUCCUCUCACCUGGUUUCCUGCCAGUUUUCCCCACAUCCUCUCUGCAGAGCUGAUUAGAGACUCCUUCCUGUAACAGAGGACGAGACAAGGUCGACACGUUCUCCGCCUGCCAGGAGAGCUCUUAGAUUUAGUCGCUCCAGCCAAGACAGAGGCAGACACAGAGGUAGAGGCUACAGCUCGAUGAAGAAUGAUGGCCUAAUCCUACAGGGGGAAAGAAACAGCAAGACCACACCAGAAAAAAAUGGUGAAGAUUGGGAUCAACGGAUUUGGACGAAUCGGUCGUCUGGUGACCCGAGCUGCAGCCAUGGGUGGGAAGGUUGAGGUUGUUGCCAUCAAUGACCCUUUUAUUGACCUCGACUACAUGGUCUACAUGUUCAAGUACGACUCCACUCAUGGUGUCUGGAAGCAUGGAGAGGUGAAGGCAGAGGGUGGCAAGCUGCUUAUUGGCAAGAUGCAGAUCAUGGUCUUCCAUGAGAAGGACCCUGCCAACAUCAAAUGGGGUAGCGCUGCCGUAGACUAUGUUGUGGAGUCCACCGGUGUUUUCACCACCAUUGACAAAGCUUCUAUUCACUUGAAAGGCGGUGCAAAGAGGGUAGUGAUCUCGGCUCCAAGCGCUGAUGCUCCCAUGUUUGUCAUGGGCGUCAACCAGGACAAGUACGACAAGUCCAUGAAGGUCGUCAGCAACGCUUCCUGCACAACCAACUGCCUGGCUCCCCUUGCCAAGGUCAUCAAUGACAACUAUGGGAUCAUUGAAGGUCUCAUGAGCACAGUCCAUGCUACCACUGCCACACAGAAGACUGUUGAUGGGCCUUCAGGUAAAAUGUGGAGAGAUGGGCGAGGUGCCGCACAGAACAUCAUCCCCGCCUCGACUGGAGCUGCCAAAGCAGUCGGCAAAGUGAUCCCUGAGCUGAACGGAAAGCUGACUGGUAUGGCUUUCCGUGUCCCCACCCCUAAUGUAUCUGUUGUUGACCUGACGGUCCGUCUGGAGAAGCCAGCAAAGUAUGAUGACAUCAAAAAGGUUGUUAAGGCUGCAGCAGAUGGGCCAUUAAAGGGAAUUCUGGGAUACACAGAAGACCAGGUUGUGUCUACAGACUUCAACGGUGACUCUCGCUCCUCAAUCUUUGAUGCUGGAGCUGGCAUCGCAUUGAACGAUCACUUUGUGAAACUGGUUUCAUGGUAUGACAACGAGUUUGGCUACAGCAACCGUGUGUGUGACCUGAUCCAGCACAUGUUCUCCAAGGAGUAAAGCUGAUGCCUGUACCCUAUGGAAACUGUUUGGGACCUUUGCCCUUGGUUCAACCUACCUUCCUGAUAAACACUGUACUAUAAUCACCUGUUUGGUAUAGCAACCUUAUAUUUCUGUGAUUUUUUUCACCUGACUUAAUAAAGUCCUUUCAAUUAGA